AGCACUUAAUUAAUAAAUUCCAAAGGAUAAUGUUUAUUUUAAAUUGCGCAUGGUAUACAAAAAAAAAUCAGCUGUGGCCGUCGCCCUCACUGCGCAAGUAGUUUUCACCCCAUUCCCAUGCACUCUAACUGCAGCAGCAGUAGGGAUAUUUGAAGAGUCGCGAAGUAAAAUUCCAAUAUACAAUUUGCCUUGACUAUUGAUUUAAGCUAAAUAUACGCUUUAAAAAAUGUUAAUUAUUUGAAUAGGAAAAGUUUAUUUGUGAUUUAAAAUUAUUAGAAAUGUUGCGGCAAGAAAAUUUGGCUGCUAAUUUUUGUGGACUGCUGGCAAGUCAAGGAUUCAAAGAAAAGGCUAUUGAAUGGCGUAUAUUGGGACAGGAGCAGGACGGCUCUGUGCUUACAUCGUGGAUAUUCGAACGGUUGGAUGAGUCCACACGUGAACGUUGUAUAGGGCAUUUUAAUGCCACCGCAAAAACAUUGCGCAUCUUAUAUCGCUUGAAUACUUGUGAUGAAGUAAUACAAGCUACAAUCAAUAAUUCCGGUUCAUUACUUGUGUUUAUUGUAAAGAAAACGUGGACUCCUUCGACAGAGUCAGAUGCGACAGCAGGUUUACACUAUCUAGCCUAUAUAACAGAAGUACGUUCAGAUGGACGUUCAGAAGCUACAGCGAUUACAGUGAAGCCAAAUGUUAAACAAAUAAUGGCACAAUUUUUGUGGCGUAAGGAGUCAAGAUCAGAUAAGGUGUGGCAGGAUAAAUUUAUACUCUUGACACAUGAGGAAUCUAUACUGCAAUAUACAUCUACUAUAAAGUUACGCCAAACUGAGGAAGUUGGUUCCUUCAACAGUGGUUUUGAUUUCACCUCCAGUGAUAUAUGGUUUUUGGAUAGUAGCUUGUUGGUCGCUGAAACUUUGGCAAAAUCAUUUACUUGGGCGCAAUGGGAUGCAGAUAAUCAAGCAUUGUAUUAUAUACAUUUAAAGCCAAAAACGAAAAGCCUAAGCCUUAUGGAACGUGAAGAGGAGCAAGCCAACAAUGAUAACGGACUUAUACCAACAUUAUCUGCUUUUCAAUUCAAUGAAAAAUUGCCAACGGAAACUGUGUUAAAUAUACCACUAAAUUUACCAAAAGUUCCGACUGGUUCCUUCGAAGAUGGUCCCACUUAUGAAGACGAUGCUGUGCCAUUACGCGUACAUGAUUCUUCUUUGAAUCUGAUUAUUAUAGCUGAUGCAUCUGGUAUGCUGUUUGUGUGUCAUUACUAUCUUUAUCAGCCAAUACAACCCAAAAAUGUAGAUGAAACACCAGCAGAUAUUGUCGCGACACAAAAAGUAGAUGUACAUUUUGCUUAUUCGGUUACACUACUACAUCAUGGUUGUGUCGUACAUUGUGUUAUGCCAGGUGUGCCAUGGGAAAAGGCACGUUUAUUGAAACCCACAUUUGCUUUGCAUGGUGCACACCAUUUACUAGUCUUCCAACCGGAUUUAUUUGUGCAUCUGCUUGAUGUUGGCCUAACACAUGAACCAUGCUGUCACAUAGUUUGUCCAGCGCACAAUCGUAAUCCGCUGACACAACUGGUGCCGUGUCGUAAGUGGGGAUUUUUAGCCUAUGAUGUAGCAACGCUUGAUAUAGUCUCAUUAAGCGUACCACGUUCGCAUUUAAUAGAAGCAUUUCGUAAUGAUACUUCUGUAGACAAUCGUCUUAGCAUUAUACACUAUUUUCUAGUACAUUCAAAUGAUAUGGAUGUGUUGGCAGAAUUGCUAAGUAUAAUAAUGGAACGUCCGCUAUCCUUGGAUACAGUAGCACUGCUAAAAGAGGCACUGGUGGCAGGUAGUUAUUCCACAUCAUUACGUGGUUUACCUGCCGAUGCUUUGCAGUUAGCACGUUUUCUGCCGUUGACAACUGCAGAUGCCACACGCCCUAUACAGGCUCGUGUAGCAGAUAUUAGUGUGGGAUUAUCACAUGAAAGCCUUUGGAACACGAGUAUGAUGUUACUUUCGCCACAACAGCGUUUAUCACCAUAUCGUGCAGAUAUUUGGACACGUCUUUGGGAGCGACUUAAUGAAGCAGGCCAAAAGGAACAACGACGUUUUACUGCCGAACAAGUUAGUGAAAAACUAAUGUUUUCGUUAGCAUGUUACGCACCCGAAGCGUUGUCACGUUGUACGACGCCAUUAACACCCAGUGGAAAUAAUAGCUGUAAUGGUUUCAAUGACUUUUCCUCAGUAAGCCGACGCAACUGCAAUGAAGUAUUGCCAUUCAUUGAACUGGAAUCUUGUACGGCUACAAAACAGGAACAUGUUAUAUCAGUAAAUAUGCGUGAGUUAAUUGUGCAUUUGGUUAAACAUUCCUCAAAGCCAAACACCGGUUUCCGUUGGUUGAAGGAAACUUUCUUUGAACGUUCACAAGCACCGGCACAUGUGCAUGCAGUAGCUACGCAAUAUGUUGGCGCACAGCUAGAGCUUUCCCGCUCACUAUGUUCACUGGUGUGUCGUGCGGCUGGCUUGGACGCACGCCAUGAAACAGUACGUGGAUUUCAGUUGAUUGAUCAAAUGAGUAAUGGUCAACAAUAUUCAUUGUUUUUAAUUUUGGAACGUUACUGCUUGGCUGUUGACUCUAUUGCUUUUCCUUUGCCACAAGGAUUUGCUUCAUUCUUUACAUAUCUUGGAUAUCGUGCAUUGUCAUUUGAUAUGUUCUUACAAUAUGUGGAGAAUCAUGUUUUCGAAUUACAAGUGGAUGUCAUGAAAACUAUCAUAAGUGAUAUAAAUGAUACUGAGGAAGGCAUUGGUAGAAAGCUGGCUUUACUAUCAGUUUUGCCUAAAUCACGUGCUCAACGUUUACUUAAAAAUUGGAAUCAUCCAGAAAGUCUCAUGAUACGCGGUCGUGAACAUGCUACAAAUAUACUGUCUGGUAAUCCAGUGCUACAACGUUCUGGUAGCACUUCAAAUGCUAACCCACAAGUGCGUUCGAACUUUAGAAAUGUUCUUCGUAAGCCCCCCACUUUAGUCUGCCGUUCAGUAAUAUUGGCAGUUAUUAUAAUUGUAUUAGCGACUGUGAUGAUCUGCGUUAUAAGUAUUUUUCAUAAAAGAAGGUUUCAUUAAUAGCAAUAUUCAUGUAUUGCCGCUGACAAGCUCUCUCCGCUGGAUUCAUUCCUAGAUCUCCUUACCGCCAAAGCCAGUCUUAAUGAAUUGGAUUAUAAUUUGU